AGGCCCUGAUCACUUUUUUGCAAGAACAAGAGCUAAAUGUUAGCGAGGGAGUUUUCGGUAUUCUUCGCAAAGCAAAAGUUAACGGUCAAAGUUUCCUUAUGAUGACCAAAGAUAAGUUUAUUGAAGCUGGAGUAGCGUUUAGUCCCGCAAUAAUACUUGCAAAGGAAGCGGAGUUACUCAAAAGUAGAACGAUAAGAUCAUACCAUACCAUAGAAAACCUGAGAGAAGUGUUAAAAUCAUAUAAAAUCAGUGGGGAUAGUAUCAUUGAUAUACCACAAUUCGAACCAGUCACUCAUAAACUUGAAGUUGAUAAUUCAUCUUUAUGUUUCUGUAUAGAAGAUAUUAAACGAAAAUUAGAAAACAUGGGAUCAGUAAUUGAUAGUAACGAAGCAAUGCGAUAUGAAUACAUAUCUGCAAUUUUGCAUGCAUCGGUUACCAUACUCAAAAGUAUUACUAAGGAUCGUAUCAGAGUUUCGCCUCAGUUUAGAGUAUCGGGUAUUAAUGAUUAUGGUCGUGUGGACUAUGCAAUUAGAAAAAUCAUAGACCAGUCGGCCGAAGAAAUUCUAUGUAUUACUGAAGGAAAACCUCAUCAAUUAAAAAUGGGGGUAUUGCAAAACAUCAUGCAAUGCAAGGCUUCAUGCGAAGUAAGUAUCCUUGCCUUGUUUUUUGCUAACAUGACUAACAUGAAUACUGCUUGUUUCAGUCGAACAAAGAAAAUAGAAAGAGAAAAAUCAACGAAACACUUGACUAUGAGUACAUCUAUGGUAUAG